CCCAUGUUCCAAGAUGGCGGACCGUCGAGAGUCAGGUGUGAUAUCUUUUAGUACUUUUUGUGACAAUAGAACUUUUCUUAAAUGUUGGUUGUUGAUUAUCAAACAGGGAGAAUCAAAGACAUAUCUAGCAGAAAAAUUUUGGAUAAUGAAACCCGGAAAAGACGCCAGAAAAGACAGCUUGAGGCCUUAGAGAAAGACAACGUUCAAGAUGAUCCUCACGCUCACCUGACGAUAGUCCCUGCCAAAAUGAAAGUUCCGGCUUUUAACGACACCAUGGAAGGUAAUUCUUUGAAGCAAGAUCUUCACAUAUGUGGAAAAUUGUUUGACAUGUGGCCUAUAUGGUUCAUCCUAUAGAUAAAAGGAAGAAGAGGAAAUCCAAAACAGGAGAGUUGUUUAAACAGGUGUGUAGAAAUUUGAGGUUGUGGUAAUGUUUUCGUAGGUAGUGGAGCUAACUUUCCCACUCAUUGAGCUCUUAAGCAGGGACUUUAAUGAAAUGUUUCAAAUGGGGAGGGGAGAGAGAGAUGAGGCGAAGCCUUAAGUGGGCUGGUAUCCUUUUCUGCAGGAACAGCAGUGCUCCUAGUUACUUCAUACUGAGGAAACAAUGAUAAGUUCAGAAGUUACACCGCAUUUAAAUUAGCACCUGAGCUCUCAAAUUGAUAUGCUGAUGAAUAGUGAGAUUUUGAACCGCAUAAUCUCCAAUUGUGAUGCCCUGAGCAUCACCUUUCUUGGAUAUGGCGGAUAUGAGGGUAUGCUUCCCAGGUGGAAAACUGUGAAAAAUUGAAAUAGAAAAUUAUUUUGAGUUAUUGAUACGUGGAAAAUAAUCGACAAUUGUGUGUGAUAGUUGCUGUUUUUGUUGUUUGUUCCCCCAGAGAUUUCGAAGAACAUUCGCCAUGCUUUUGGAGGAGGCAGUGAGUUUUUUUGUAACAAUUUUUAUUCUGAUUGAGAGCUAGAAUAGACUUAAGAAAAUGGAUUAGCAUCAUAAAUGUAAUUACUAUAAUUUUAUUCUUCUUGUAGACAGCAUGUACACAUAACUUCCAUUUCUUCCAUUUCCCUCUAGUUUGUAAAUUUUCUGUAAAUCCUUUCCACCCUAACAUCAGUAUGCAUAUGCUCCAUACUGUUCUCUAUGCAUUUUCAAAGGUGCUAACUAGGAGAGUUUGUUCGACAAUUGAGAGUUAAUUUAGUCUGUGAUCAUUUCCUUUAUUCCUUGAGACCAAAAUGUUGGAUUAAGGGGGUGACAUUGCGAGAAAUUAGAUGCUUGUCACUCUUUAAGGUCAAAGGGUUAAGAUGUUUGUUGUUAUGUCAUUGUUGGAAUUUUUCAGUGUUUGCUGGCUUGUUUGUUUGUAUUUUUUGGUAGCAACAAGAAGCAGAAGCUGGUGAACCCUCGUAUACCUCAGCUAAGGUAUGUCCCUCAAAAUUCCCAGAGAGACACUUCUGUGCUGUGUGUGGAUAUCCUUUUUUAAAAUUGUUGCUUGUGUUUUAGUACCCUUUUUUUGAAUUACUGUAUUUCCAUGAAUAAGGGCCUGAGUGCUUAUUUAAAAUUUUUGUCAAAAGGAGAGCUUAUUGGAAGAAGGGUGUUAUAUAGUGCAAGGCACUUGUUUUUCUCUUGGGCUGAUUCUACUGUAGUUGAAGCUUAAAUAGUCAUAAAUAAAGUGGCAAUAGAAGCAGGUUUUCUCAUAUCCCUACUUUUUUAAGAAAAUCAGGGAGGGGGGGAACCUUAUUUUAGAGGGGCAAUUGUUUGUCAUAAUGGCUAAUGGGGUGGGUGAUUAUUCAGGUGAGGGUGCUUAUUAGGGCAUAGGCACCUAUUCAAGGAAAUAUGGUAUUCUUACCUUCAGCAUUAUUCUUCUAUGAAACUGUACAGAAACUAUCCUUACACUGUAACCAACUCACUGAUGGUCCUUUUCAAGUUAUGCUACCCAACGUAUGGGUGCAAAGAAGACUAAAACAGUCAGUAACUUUAAGCACUUUGGAAAGGGAUGAAAAAAAUGAGAGAAGGUUAAUACCCUGGACUUUCAAGCUAUGCACAAUAAAAUGAUAGUGAGGUUUAUUUAGUUAGGCUUGGUUUUUUUUUUUUCUUCAAAGAAGCCUAUGAAAUGUGCUUCCUUAGAACAAUUUUUUUCCAUUGUUCUGACAACAAGAUCAGCUGUUUGGGUUCUUACCAUCUUUAGGGGGGUGCAGAGGAAAAUAAAACUUCCCAUUAAAUGAAAGAUGAAUCCUUGACUAUCCUUCACAUUUCCCUCAAAUUACACUUGUGUGUCCUGUGGAUCAAGAUACUGUUGCGUGAAGUGUCUGGGAACACACCAGGACACAAGAUGCCUAAAGUGGACAGUCUAGCCAGCUGUUCCUAUUAAUAUUUGCCUCUAUGAAAGUUUCCCAACAAUUCACGGUCAAGAACAAAAUCUUCAAGAACAGUAGAAGAAGACCUCUCAUUCAACGAGUGACCAUGGUCGUGAUGAAUUGUUUUAGGAAUGCGUCAAGCUUACAAUUGCACACCCCAUAAACAAUGUGCAAGAGUGAUGUAGAAAAUGUUCCGGCACUUUGUUUAGGUCAAAGGUGUUUUUUAAGGAUCAUGGGUAUUAAGACUCGCCUUCCUCCUACGUAACCCUGACAGAUUAUACAGUAUGACUGUGAUACCAGUUCCCUUCGAAGAGAUGCCUUGAAAUCUGCGCUGUUCUUACUCACAUCUUUCUAGCAUGAUUUUACAUUUGCAGAUGUAAGGAGAAAGAAAUUAAAGGAACUCAACUUACUUUAUAGUUUAUGUGCUGUAUUCCGUUGUUUUUGUGUGACUAUCAAAGCUUGUUGGCCUUCCCUUACACCUAUAACUCCCAGAUCAAAUUUGAAAUUCUCCUUACUAUCAACCAUGCAAUUCAUAUAAUGUUAGUUCUGAGAAUUUAGUAUUGGAUCAACUAAUUAUCUCCAAAUUGAUAUUUUUCUCCAUUCUCAUCACUCAUCCGUUUGAUAUUGUAUUAAUAUUGUAAGGAGAAAUUCUGUCUUGGUCACUCCCGGAAGUUAACGGGUUAAGAAGUUCUGGUCAAAGCACCGUAACUAUAACAAUGGUAAAAGGUUGCAACAACAGAUCUUUACCACAGGUAGUGAAAUGUAAAGGCCCAAACUAAACCAGAAGUACCCCCACAAAAUUAGUUUUUGACGUAGCCAUGAUGAACUAAGUUUCAGUUUGAAUUUGUCAUGUGUUUUGUUUUCCGAGUCCUUCAAGAAUUUUUGCUCUGAGCAGUGUAUGUUAAAUGCAUCACGUGAGCGAAUAUCCCUCAGUUAAAACUACGUUAUAUCCGUAGAUAUUCCCUGAAUAAUAUUCAUCAAUUAUUCAACCCCACAUUUAGUGUGACAAGGGUCUACCUGUGAAAUUGUCUUCAUGCAGGAAGAUUGUUUGCCACUAUCACAGAUAAAUUAAAGACGAAGGACUAGAGGGGACCAUCAAAUUCGUUCACAAAGUCGCUCUGAAAAGUCAACGUCAUUUUCGGCGGUAUGCUGGUCGUAAAAUUACGGUUCCAUGCACUGGAAGGAAUACAUAUGCAUCUGAAGUAUGAUAAACAAAAUAGCCUCUAAUUGGCUUGGAAAUAAGUUCGUGUUUUAUCCGUCCCUCGAGAUUCACAUGCAGUUUCCCUCGAGCUUCGCUUCAUGUCGUCUUUGGAGAGAUGUCCGCACGAGCAAAACAUAUCUUAUUAAUGUGCAACCUUCUACAGAUUUGCUUGCGUCAGGAUUAGGCUCCAAAAAAAGCCAAUCAAUUGAAGGACGAUUUGUGCCUACACUCAUUGCGUUCAGCGGAUAUCUAUUAGGGACUCGUAGCUGCAGGGGACAGAGGACUUCAAAACCGGCUGUAAACACAGCCACCACGGCAUCUGAAAAUAGAGCAAAGAGGGCAGUGCAAGCUACUUCAGCUUCUCCCGGUUCUCAGGAUCGUUUUAAAUCUCUAUGAAGUGUAGUUUACGUAAUUUACGUUUCCACCUGAACGUGUCGACAAACGGUCAAGAGACAGCAUCAGCGAAUAUCUUCCAACAGAUCUAAGGAACGGUGGUCGGUGUGUGUGGUUUGACCACAGGUCUACGAGCACCGAAUGAAAUGGUAAGUAUAAGAGCAAAAAAAAAGCAUCGCGAAUGUCUAAGGAAAACUCCUAUUGUGUGAAAAAAGAGGUACAUAUAAAUACGAAAUGUGAAAAUUCGGGGCGUAAUGUUUUGAGACAGGAUUAUCAAUAUUGUGGCGGAAGUAUCAAAUUUACCCCUGGCUGACUGGUUCCGACCACCUCUUAUGUCUUACUGAACAUUUUCCUUAGUGUGCGAGCUUAAUUACAGUAAUAUUUUAUAGAUCAGUGGCAGUGUACUACGAGACUGGGUUUUCUUCGAAUAAUAAUUUGAUUAAUUGGCGACCACCAAACAUAGUUCGAACUUCAAACAAACCCCUGAGACACUUUUCUUCAUAUUGCUAGGUAAUGUAUCUUUGUGCCAUUAUUUUGGAUAUUAUACAAUUUACAAAGGAUUCCACGUGAACAUAGUAACGUUGCGAGAUAAACGUUGAAAGAUUGAGCUUUCUGUUGUUCUUCAGACUUAAUCCAUAGUUCAAAUGUGUCAUGAAAUUUGAUGAUCACAUUUCAAGGCAGUCUAAUGCGAAAUUUAUAAAUAAACACCGAGCAGAACUUUGAUCGCCUUCAUCCAAAAAAAUUAUUCGCAAAUGCAAUGAGGAAUUUGAUCUUUUCCUUUCAAUUUCUUGGGUUUCUUUGAAAACUUCAUUAAAAGAUGAACUCCAAGUUAAAGUUGAAAAAAUAUAAUUAGAGACAGUUAGUUAACCACUUUCUCGGAAAAGCUCAUUCGGCAUCAUUUCCGUGAAUGAAAGACGAACGUUUCGCGAUGAUCCAGAAAAACAAAACGAAUCGUUCUUGUUAAGACGAGUGCUUUUCUAAGAUAAAUUUUUGACAAAACUAGAACAGGAUGUGUGAUGACAGUGGCGUUAGUCUAGCAGCGGUUCUCCUUUUAGAUAGGAGAUUAUUUCGUGACGCAGUAACUGCAUUGAUACAUGUAUCAACUGAGUUUAUAAAGUGAAUUGGCAACCAUGAUGAUGAAUUCAGCCGUCGAUUUCGACAGAUUUCUGUUCUCUCUGGUAGUUACUGAUCGCCACUGGAGUGCUUUCUACGGUGGCUGCAUGAUCAAGUUUAUUCGAGGGCGACAGACUCUGACAUUCUGGGCAGACGUAAUCAACACCGUACAAAAAUUAUAAAGCUGAAGUUUCGAAUGUAAGCGAAUCAUUCGCUCUGAAGAAUUUUUAAUACUAACUGCAGAUAAUCAUACCAAUCAGUGUGAAAACGCGUUGAUCUUUAUUCUGAUGCGUUUUCCAGGAGUUUUCUACGUGUUCAGAGGCGGACAUCAAAAGAAAACAAGAGGAGCUGUACGAUUAUUACGAGAGUUCGCAAGACUGUUUAAACUCUACGGAUGAAAAGGUUCGUGCCCUUUUGGAACAGGACAUCGCAGAUCUCAAGGACAAAAUCGUUUCCCACAAACGGAAUCUUAAGAAGAAAGAAUACAUCGUGCUCGUUACAGGUUUGUGAUAGACAACAUAUCAAAUUGUCAACGGUAUUUAAAUUCCCUUCAGUUUAUAUUACCUCUGUUGUUUAUUUUACUUUCCAAUUUUUCUUGCUCAUUUACCAGAAGAUUAUUAACCGGGAGAUUAUAUCUAUCUUGGAUUAUAUAUAGUUUGUUUCAAUUUUCAAUUAUCACUUAUCGACCUAUGGACUGAAAUUUUCUGCAAGUUCAACUGUAGAUAUAUCUACUUGCACAUAUUUGCAACAAAUUUAAUUUGAAGCAACAAGCAAGCAAUCAUAUAUUAAAAUACUGGCAAAGGAGAGGUGAACGAUUAAUGUCACCUGGUUCCCUACCCCUCCCCUGACCUAACGUUAACCCUGACUUGUUAUCAGUGGACUGUUGUUGGGUUAGGGAAGGGGUAGGUGCGCUAUCAAAUGACUGUUAUUGGGUUGGGGGAGGGGUAGGUGCGCUGUUACUUAGAUACUGACAUCGAUCGUAGGAGAAUCUACGAGGCUUAGGCUUUAAGUUAGAAGAAUAUCAUGGGUAUCAAGACUUAUUGUGAAAACCACUAAUCUCUAGCAGAGUAAUCAGAUCUGCUUAACAAUUGUUAGAUAACUCUUACAUUUAUUACAUCCAUUUUAAAAUCACUGGUGAUCCUUGUAAUCUGAUUGGCUCUCAUUGGUGCAAUUUAUUCACUAAUCGUGCUAUAUUUUGCUUUAAAUCGCAUCUUUUUCCCAGCCAACGAGGAAGCUUUACAACGACUAAUCGCUUGUUUAAAGAAACCAAUCAAAUUGCAAGAAAAUGAAAAACAACUUUUGCAAUUUUCUACAAGCCAACUGACUUAUGGAUCAACACAGCAUUUGUAUAGACUAAAAAAUCCUGUAUUUUGCGAUUUCAAAAUGGAUGUAAUAAAGUGGUUAUUGAAUGUCGUGUCGUGCAAUUUUGGUCUGAAAUGAAACUUGUUAUUUCGAGUCAAUUCAAACCCGUUUAAUUUUGAAAUUAUGCAUAUGAUUUCGGACUAAAUUGCACUCCAAAGUUCAAUUAUACUAUUAUUAACAGCAAAAGAAAUUAAAGGGAGGUUAGAAAUGUCUUACACCCAAACAGUAAGGGAAAUUAAUCUACUUAUAUUUUCGUAGGUGAGAGAUGUUUGGAAAAAAGCAACCUACUGAAUCUGAUCAUCGACGAACAGCUUUUUCCUUGUUUCGUUGUUAGCACCUCGUCCACCGUCUUUGAACUAAAAUAUGGAACUGAACCCAAGCUUGUUGCGCACGAACAUUCUGACACAAAAGUUUCCACAGAAAUUCUCUUCCAGAGUGAGUCACUUGGAACUUUGCAGCGAGGUUGUCUGCAACAGCUCCUAUCCACUAUUUUCAAAGGUAUUGGUGGGGAGAAUUCGACUGAGGAUCCACGCUACGAAAAGAUCGAACUAUUUUUGCCUCACAAACUUCUGAAGGUAGGUGAUGAAGGAACGGAAAUUGUGUUCCGUGUCUGAAGUACAUUGACCAGUCACAUGUAUAGUGCUCAAUCGAAAGAUUUAAAAAAAAUUUGCUGUCGCUCAUGGCAUGCCUGUGAAAUAACUAGCCAGCCGCAUACAAGCUAUAGUUUUUGAGUUGAAUCGUUUGAUUAGGAUAACCACACGCUAUGCGUAAAUUAACCUAUCGUAUGUCCUCCUUUGAGGGGAGGAGUGCAUAUUAGAAGAAGGGCACUUGAUCGAGGAAGGAAGGGGGGGUUUAAAAUUAGGGCAGAAAAACGACAAAAAUAAAAGUACAGAUGACGCACAUAAAGGAACUCUGCAAACAAAUGGAGAUAGAAAUAAUUGGAACGGCUAAGAAACUAUUAUCAUGGGCUGAUUCGCUGCAAUUAAAGCUUGAAGAAUUAUAAUUAAAGUGACGAUAGAUACGGGUUUUCCUCGUAUCCCUACUAUUUACAAAUUGAGGAAGGACGGGGGACGCUUAUUUGAGAUGGGCGCUGGUUUGACACUAUGGCCUAAGGGAUAGACGCUUAUUCGAGGAAAUACGGGUAGGCGUAAGCAGUAGGCGUUUGAUGGUGGCUUUGGGAGCUCGAGUAUUGAUCUCUGAACCUCUCUACGAUCGGCCUUGCCUUGAAGAAGGGAAAAACUGCAAAACCAGAUCACCGGUGUAUCCAUUCAUCACUCUUUCCAUGUAUUCCUCCAUCCUUUCAGCCAACCUUUUUUUCCAUUUAUGUAGUCCGCAAAAAGUGACCAGGAGGCUUCAAAUGCGUAGAGAUACAUCAUCGACGUCGUUGUUUAUUUAAUUCCCUGUCUACUUCCCUUUUACAAGGCAAAAUCUUUGGGAUUAAAAUCGAUUGACUAGAUUUUGUUUAUGUACUCAUUGUUAUAUUAUCUCUUUCAGGAAGGGAUUGUUAUAGUUGACAUCCCAGGGACUUAUGAAUCCCCCAUCAUAAAUGAAAAAGCAAAGGCGUACCUUUUGGAGGCCUCCGCAUUCAUCUGCUCCAUCAAUGGUGUAGAUGGCGAGGGAAUACAUCGAGACGAGGUAAUUGUUAUGAAUUGUUAGCAAUUAAGGCCUUUAUCAUCAAAAAGACUUAAAAAACACACAACCAAAAGUAAAAACUCACAUGUUGUGGGACUUUCCCAUAACGUCCGCCUUAAGGGAAGGGGGAAUUAUUUUUUUCGUCAAAAGUAGCUGAUCUACGGAAGCAGUGGUGGUGAAAAGCGUGGAACAUUUUUAUCUUCACCGUGCGCUUAACUUCUCCUCAGUCGGUGAUUUAAUGGUUGUUGUCGAGAAGACAUUUUCGACGGUUGCACUUUAGUGGCCGCUAUUGUCCAGAAGAGGGGUUGUUGUCAAGAGUUUAAAAUAAGAUUAAUAGAAUAGACCAUCCUCGGGACAACAUGUAUAAAAGGGGCACAACUCAUGUUUCUUUUAACUGUUUGUGAUCAGGUAGAAAAAUACAUCGCACACGCCAAACAGGUCAGUGCAUUUCUGUACCAACAACUGAAAUCUUCGUCAAAUUGCCCUCUUUUGGUUUUCACCAAGCGGGAUCAAGUACUGCAACAAGAGGCUUAUAGGAUUAAGAGUUGCAUUAUAAACCAUCUCACAGAGCGUUGGCCCAGUGAGGACCCAGAGUCACAAAUCAUUUUCCUUUCACCAAGCAAUGAGAGCAACGCAUGGGAAGCUCCUCCUACAUGCGAUUUACUGAUGAAUCGUAUUUCAUCCAUGGUUUUAAAAAGCAUUGAAACAAACUUAGAGAAGCAAUGGAGGUAAGUUGUCUCAGACUGAUAAAAGCAGAAAUUGAAGAUUGGCUUAAGGCUUUUCUGAGUGUCCAUUAGGGGUUCAAACCAAGCAAACUUUGCGAGAGUUCCGCCCUUCCCCGAUAUUAAUCACAUUGUAGAAUUGGCAGUCGAGGAAAACACAGGAAAAUGUAUGCUCGGAAGGGUUUUGAACCUGUGUUUCCUGCACUAUCAACUGAGCAACGAAGCCACAUGUUUGGGAGGGACCAAUUUUAGGGGGUUUCUCUGGGUCGUUCUCAGUUGAGGAAUUUGAUUGCGGUUGAUAUCUCGAACGAAAUGGUCCCCUCGGAUGAACUGCAGUUGAAGAAAUUUCAGAGAAUAAUUUCGAAUUGGUUAUUUGUUAAUUGACCCACAGGUCAAAAGGUGAUUCACACAAUUAGUUUGUAGUAACAGGCUUUUGCUGAAUUUCUGCUGUUCGCGCUAACUCGUGAUGUACUAUUUUGCAGGUGGCUUUACCACCUUCUUUCACGUAUGGCCUAUCGCACCAAAGUAAUUCGACGCGAUCCUUCAGAGGUGAUGAGGUUUGUGGCUGAUCAGCAGGGCGCGGUAGACAAAGAGCUGACCACGACAGUCAAAGCCUCGGCUGCCCGGGAAUUGUUCAAAUUCCUCAACUCCCCAGAACUUCAACAAUAUUUUACUUCGUGGUCAUUAGACAAUGUUCCAGACGUCGGGGGUGAUUGGAGCGUAACAGAGGAGAAUAUUAAAAAAGCAUUAGUGAAACGACUUCAGGAGAAGAUCGAAGAGUGGGAGAAACAAACCAAUGUUUUCUCAGAAUCUCGCACUUUACUGACACAGGACUUGUUCCGGAAUUUCGAACGUGUUGAGCGACAGAAUCAGAAUGUUCAGAGCCCCCCCAAAGCGGACAGUGUAGCCAGCUCAUCGGCAUCAUCAAGCGGUCCACAGACUUCAAGAAAUUUAAGCUUGACAGAAACAGUCAUUAUCGGAGUCACAAGUCCCAUCUGGGUUCCUGUCGGUUUCGUUGCUUUUUUGCUCAGUGCUCCGGUAAUUGGAACCAUAGCCGCCAAAGAAAGGUUUGGAAAUCGGAGUAAAACAAAAGAGUACAAGAAAGACAAGUGCAAGUUCAUGGCGGAGACCUCUCAAGAAUAUCUCACAAAGAUGGCUGACGAACAACAAGUUAUGUCCCUCGUCGAGGAAGAGUUAAAAACUGAAAAACUCUUGAUACAGCAGAAACGUUUACAGCAAGAUCUUAGAGACUUAUACAUAAAAAUUUCAGAUUUAAGAGGAAAGAUGGCCGACUUUGGCAUCAAAGAAGUAGGUACCAUGGACAUCAGUUGCGAGGACUUAGAAUGGAAAGACGACCGAGGAUCACCUCUCGGAAGUGGCUCUUUUGCUUCCGUUCAUCGAGGAACCUUAAAGCUUCCUGAGGAAGAGAAGCCCGUGGACGUAGCACUGAAAGUGUGGAAAAAGGCACUGACUAGUGGCAGUGCAAUAAACUUCCUUUCUGAAACAGACACCCUAAGGUUAGUUUCUAUUAGUAUGUUGUAUGAUGGAAUUCUUGUUAUUUUGUUCAUAUGUAGUUUUACAGUUCUUUCUUUUUGUCGUUCGUUUUGUCGUUUGGUUCACCUUUACAAUCUGAUAGCCUUGACUAAGCACGCACUUGACACUUACCUAAGUCGCUGGCGAACUCACCCGAGAUGUUAGCGAAAGGGACGGCGGAGCUUAUUUUAAUUCGACUGAUGAGGCUUGAAUACGAGCGCCGGGGACGCUAGUUUGUAGAGGAUCUUGGGCCGAUUUCCUCCACAAAAUUUUUAAAUACACUCCUCCUACGUACGUCAUACUAAAAGCAAAAUAAAAUGGGGGGCUAAAGUUAUUGACGACUUCUGCACACUCAAGUUGUCAGCCAAUCCACCUGAAUUGCGGGCGAACUUACCUGCAUUGUAAACAAAAGUUGUAAACUAACCAACUCAGGGUGCUCGCGAAAUCACCUAAAGUUGUUAGUGAAGUAACCUGAGACGCCACUGAGCUAACCUAGGUAGCUAACCAAGGCAGACUCACUUAUCCUAAUUUGUUGGCGACUGAACCAACUUAACUUGUUAGCGAACCAAACUUAGUUUUCAGCAAUCUCGGCUACUUGUUAACAAACCAAAAUAAGUUAUAAGCGAACAAAUCGAACUCAUCUGUAAGUUGUUGGUGAGCCUAACUAACUCGCUACUGUACAAACCUGAGUUCUGAGCUCUCCUAACUUGAGUUGUUAGCCUGCAAACCUAAGUUGAGUUUUUAGCGUACCAUGUGAGCGAACUCAGUUAAGACUUGAGCGAACCAACUUGAUACGUUAACAAACUAGCAUGAGACUUCAGUGAACCAAGUAACUGUGGGUCGGUUCCCUAAAUUAUGGUUGGUUAAUUCCUUGCAGUCUGGUAGGUCGAUUCCCAUCAUGCUUUUUAACGCCAGACUAUGGUUCUCUAACGUCUACAGGAAGUUGGCUUUUUGAAGUCUUAUAUCUUAUCGGCCUCACAUUGGUUAGCUUACGUCAUUGGUUAGAUUUUUAACCUCUUCGGUUAGUUCCCUAACGUUUUAUGACCAAUCACCUAAUCUUAAAUUGGUAGGGUAAUGCCUCAGAUUGGUUCGCUUACCUCCCGUGUCUGGGAUUGCAGACAUCGUUUAAAUGACUCAGUAAAUUAGCGUUUACUUUCGUGCAAAAGGAGCUGGAGAAACUGAAUGUCUCUACAACCCAUUUCUGUAUCUAAAAAAUUUUUUUGUCAUGUUAUGAAUACCAAUUUGACAAGUCUCUGAGUUCUCCCUGAAGUGAACGUCGGACACUAGAAGGUGUGCAUGGAAAGAAAGUACGAAGAAUUCCUAUGCAACACCUCGACGAUACUAGGACACGAACUUUGAUCGCCAGUUUUAGUUCGUUAUGAGUGUGAGAACUUUCUCAGACUAAUUUGCGUAAGGUGUUUUGACGGGUGUCAUGUGUAGAGGUGAUGAACUGUCAAAACUGCGGGGACGACCAGCAAACAAUUUUUUCGGAGCUCAAUUUCUUAUUGUGCCUUUUUUAGGAAGCUGAAUCAUCCCUUCGUUGUGAAGAUGUACGGCGCAACACUCCUGAAGGAGAAGGGUGAAUCGAAACCAAUCCUUGUCAUGGAACUCUGCAAGGAGAACUUGAUGAAGCACAUUUUCCGAAAUCAGAACAAUGUACCUGGUCUUUCUACAACAACUUCUGCUGCAAAAAACGUGAUCGGAUGGGCAAAAGACAUUGCCAAUGCUUUGGAAUUCAUACAUAAUAAGGGCAUUAUUCACAGAGAUCUCAAACUGGAAAACACAUUGGUAGGUAGGAGAUAAUCAGAUGCGUCCACAAUGAUGGAGGUCAAGGGUUCUAUCGUCCUCACACAACAGGACAAUAAAAAUAGCCUCUGUCGAACAAAUGCUGUAAUAUUCUCGAUGAUAGGUUGGUGGGCGAGUGGCUGGAGAGGUUGAUGGACUCGGAUUAUGAUGGACUCGGAAUCUGAGUCGUACAGUCUCGUACUAUGCACGAUAGACUAGUCACCUGAUGGAGUAACUUUUUCUAUAAAGGGGGUAAGUUUCUAAAGAAACUGUGGUGCUGCGUCGGUGGGAGAGUAUAACAGAGUAAUUUAGUGUUAUCAACUGAGUUGAUGACGUAAAUUAGCCACCGUAAAGAGUUAUAAGGCUGACGUUUUAGCCCUUCGUCAGAGCGACUGACGAAGGGGUUAGUUCACCGAUGCAGCACCACAGUUUCUUUAGACACUUAUCCCUUUUAGUCAUUUGUCUUUUAAUUGCUGCAACCACUAACUCUUGCCUCAGCCUCUUUACGUUACCCAAUUUAGGUUAUAAACUCAGUUGAAAACACUAAAUUACCCUGUUAACUUCUUUUAUGGUUUGGUAGGUGAAUCAUUUUUGUAUAUAAAUAUCUAUGAAGUUUUCUAGAUAAUUAGCAAGCUCUUAACAGUUUUCACAGUUGGAUAUGACCAUUGUAACACGCAGACACUACAGCGUUGAUAUUUAAGAGUAAAGAAAGAGUAGUAAAGUAGGUUACUAAUUUGGUAAUCAUUGUUUGCUUUACAUUUUAGUUAUCGUAUGAUGGUGUUGUCAAAGUAGCCGAUGUCGGCCUAUCUAAAGAAGAAGACAUGAUCACAGGUACUCAAAUGGGAACUCCAAACUACAUGGCUCCAGAGGUGGCGUCCUUCAGACGCUACGACCGCAAAGCAGAUAUAUAUAGCUUUGGUGUAAUGCUAUGGGAGAUGUGGUAUGGUAAGAGAGCCUUUCAUGGCAUUGCUCCCGAGGAUCUCCAGGAACAAGUGGCUCAAGGUGUAAGACCGGAGCAUGUUCAAGACAGUAAGGAGCCUCCAAAUGAGUGGCGAGAUCUGAUGCAGCGUUGCUGGAAUGGAACACCAGAUCAACGACCAAAUUCUACAGCAUGUCACAAGGAGUUGACCAGACUAUACGAAGAGACCGCCCUAACUCCCUAAUAUGCCGACCGAACCGGAAUUUUUUUUUGAUAGGAAAUGUGGUCUUUAAAAAGCCCCCUACUCCAUAAUAAAAAAUUGUAGAAAUGUAGUUUUACUCAGUCAUUUGUGAGAGGAAGGGUAUCACAAAAAAAUACUUGUAUUUGAAGACCUUGAUCCCAAUCCGUUUUAUAAAUUGAUAUUGUAUAGGUUUUUAACUAAAGAAAUGUAUACUUGCAUAUGUCAUUCGUUAAAUUUGAGCAAGAAAUGAAAAAUGAAAAUAGUUACUCGCACUUUGGCCCCCGAUACUUUUUUUAAUAAGACCCCUUCCUAGCCAAAAGGAACAAGGAGGCGUCUUUGCCUUUUUUCGAGCAGCAGAGAAGUUUGGGUAGAUCUCACCCUAACAACCAGACCACAUGACGCAUUGUGCUUCACAAGCAUGAAACUUCUUUGACGAUCCACUAGGUAAAAGGUUUCAACAAGGGA